AUGAAUAUCAAUAAAAAACUAGAAAUUUUAAUCCACGAGUGGGCUGCAGUGUCAAGCUUCGGCUUUCUCAAGGCACUUGGAGUUUCUCGAGAAAGUAUUGUCUCAAGAUUAGACGCAACUUUAGCUUAUUUAAAUGAUGCUGAAUAUACAGAGGUAUUCAAGUAUAUUCCCGAGAAAUUCGAUCAACUAAAUCCAGAAGAUAUCCGUCUACAUCUUAAAGUCAUAGAACUACAUAUCAAUACAUUCGUUACCGAUAGAACACGCAAUAUAAUUACUUCUUCCGUCGCCGCUGCCAUAGAAAAAGUAAUUAUAUUCGGAGCACGUAUUUUCAAACCUAAUAAGGAAGUCAAACGCGAAAGAACAUUUCUUAAAUCCGGAUUACACAUUCCAAAGGCCGGAUACAGCUAUGUACAAAUAAUGUUAGAUUAUUUAAACGAAUACAUCAAGCAAACACCAUGCGAAGAGCUCGUAAUGCUCUAUACAGGCGUAUUUGAAUUAGUUAUCAACGUUUUAAUGAAGAGGAAGAUAGGAAAUGGCACAGAAGGUACAAUUAUCAGUUUAAUGACUGUUAACGCUUCAAUAAGUACCUCAAUCUGGGACGUAAUGUCAAAUCUCGCCCAAAUGAAACAAGAACCAAAAGUACAAAACACUUUACAGAUUCUGAUCAACGAUAUCGAAUCUUUCCGUCACGCAUCGAAAGAAACCAUGGCAAACAUGGUACAACUCGUUACAACAUUAAAAGGAAAAUGGUCUUUGUUAACCAUCUGUUCCUUUGUUGCGAAAACAUUCCAGAACAUUCACGAGUGUUCUGCUGAUAGAACUAAUAUCCAAAGUUACGUUUCUCAGCUUUAUCCGAUUUUAUACAAAUAUGCAAUCGACAAUCAUACACAGGAAUGGCUUAGUUCACUCUUAAUACUCAUGAAGAUCUCAACAGACGAAGAUUCAGCACCAACGGCUUCGAAAGUUGUCAAAACAUUGAAUAAAGUUUACACAAAACUCGGCGGCAUGGCGUAUUUCAAUCUCGUUGGCAUGUUCUUUGAUGCCAUUGUAGGAAGAUCGUACGCACAUGAUAUAACUCGUCAGUUUUUGAAGGCAUGGUUCGAUAAGAACGGAUAUAUGGAACCACAAUACAAGAAUGAUGUCGAUUACUGGCUACAGAUUGCAUCUAAGAUGCAUUUCUGUGCUCCUACAGCAUUCAAAGACUUCGUAACUCCGAUUAUUCAAACUGGUGAAUCUCAUCCACUUUUUACAAAGAUUGUCAGCGUUAUUCAUAUCAUUACUACGAUAUCCAUUGAGAAUCUCGAAGGAAUUACGUCGAUUCUUGCACCUUUCGUCACAAAUUUAAUCAAUCAACCGGAAAUACAGCAAAGUAUGAUCAAACUGAUCACUCCUUUGAUGUCUGUACUCUGGAAGAACGAAAGUGGCAUGCAUGGACAUAUCACAACCCUCAUGUCUCGCUUAGUUAAAAAUAAUGAAAUCACGGUUUUGACCCAAGCAGCAUCAUUCUUCACAGAUAUCAUGGAGCAUUAUCCUACAGGUACAUUGCCACUUAAUUUGAUCACUACCUUUGCUACACAAUUCUUAAAGAGGACUGAAUUAGAUGCAAAUCCUCAGCAACUCGUAAAUGCUUUCACAAUUUACCAAUCUUUCUUCAAGAGUUUGCUUGUUUACGCUAAAAGAGGUGAGAAUGUCGUUGACCAGGAAUCUUGGAAUCGCGUAAUUAGGGCUAUGGAAUCAAGAUUAAUUUGUUUCUCAUUUUUCCCUUCACAAAAAGUGACAAAAAUUGUAGAAGACUUAUGGGAGCUAAUGACAAGCGAUAUACCAAAGACAUUAUCUCCAAAUCAAUUAGCGCUAAAGAUUCCUAACAUUACUACGAUUUCAUCAAAAGAUUUGAUAUCUGUCCUGAAGAAAGAAGGCAUUGAACAGAGGUUUGUUGCAAUGCUCAUCUUCUUCGUCAACGUAGAUAACCCAAAAUCCGAUUUCUGCGUCAGAUUGGCCAAAUUUAUUUUCGUAAUUACUCGUCCAGAGUAUUUCGUUAACAACGAAAACAUCCAAGUACAAGGAACAUCCAAGAUGAUCCAAGUUCUCACUAAUUUACCCAGAACAGAGCUUUGCGAACUUGUUACGAUGCUUCCAAUCGAAGUUUGGCCAAUGUUUGUGAGCCAAAUGAUGAAGAUGGAGAAUCUCAGCACGAGACUGAAGUUCAAGUUCGCUUACGCGAUGUCUUGCAACAGAAAAUUCAAAAAUCUCGUGAAUACAAACGAAGAAAUCCGAAAUCUGUUUGUAAGUUUGGUCAUUCUCUUCAUGAAUUUACCACUUCCAACAAACGAAGAAGAGCAACAGGCUGAUGUUUUGGCUGCAGAGUUUUAUGCUUCAUUUAUCAGAGCGAAUUCAGAAAAUCUUAAUCAGCACCAAGAGUUCCAAGAUCCCUACACCCAGUUAUUCGCUAUUAUUGGCAGAUUGAACCCAGAUUCAAUCACUUUACCAGAUAUUUCCCACGUUUUCGCCAUGUUGGAGCUUGUCCAUGCAUACGUAAGUAACUGGAAGAUGACUGAUGAAGCCAUUGAAGCUCUAAUUGAUUGGACGACCUUCAUUGCUCUGAAAACUAAAGGAUCCGUCUUACUUCAGCUCAAAUGCCACGAAUUACUUCAGAAUUUAGUUGAAAAGAACCAAGAAGGUUUAAGUGUCAUCAUCUCUUGCUGCUUCAGAACCUCCAUUUUCACAACUUCACAUGUCGCAGCUGCCAUCGCUUCUUCAAAUUCUGACAAACUUUACAUGGCAAUUUUGGCACUCGGAUUAUGUUCACGUCCAAACGUUGUAUGCAGGGCUUUAGCUAGUGAAAUUGCCAACAGCGCGUUCGACGGCAAGUUCAGUCCAUUAUGUUACAUGGAAUACAACUUUGAAGAGAAACUUGUCGAAUUUUAUAAUCAAGUUUUGGAUAAUGAAUCGAAAGAGUUUGUUUUCACAUUACUUUCCGAAGUAGUUGGCAGCACAAGUCUUGAAGGCUGUUCAUUACCACAUUUCAAGUUCAUUUCGAACAGAUUUACAAAUAUUUCUGAUUUAUCUCAAAUUGAGAAACUCCUUAAACUGACUUCCAUCACAGAUUUCACAGACUUGACGCCAAUCAAGCCGUUGAUUCCUCUUUGGGACUCAAUUUUCAAACAGAACACAAUAAAACGCGAAGAAAUUUUCGAUUUGUUGAUUAAAAAAGUUGAUUCAGUCAACAACGCGAAAACUCUUUGUGCUGUUUGCAUUGCUUUCCAACGCUCAUUCCUUAAUAACUCUAAGCAAACAGCUCAAUGGCUCACGAGUAAUUUAAGGAUCAUUCAAGACCCGAAGAUGACAUUUGAUGGCUUUGUUCCAACACCAUUAGAAUUGGCAUGUUCUGCAUGUAUGUCAUAUAUAUUCACAUUAGAAACUGAUGUACAAAGAUUCAAUGUCUGCUGGAUGGACAAGAUCCAAUAUAUCCUUGCCUGGGCCAUUUUCUUGAGAUUCAAUCCUUUGUAUGAAAGUUACAUGAUUCCUCCACUUUUGAUUUCUGUUUCUCAUGCUGCUGUUCCUUCCUCUGAUUUGCCAUUGUUCGUCAUGAGACCUAGUGAUUGCGUCGCGUACAACGUUGUUCUUCCUUUCAGAUACACGACUGAAUUCACUACAAGUCAAAUGGAAAUGCUGGUUGCAACACUCAAGAAAUUCUCUUUGUUGACUGCAGAAUUAUUCUUGGAUGUUUGCGCCGACAAAGCAACAUCACUCACCAAAUAUUCUGCAGACUUUUGGACAUUGUUCUCCAAUUUCUUCCAGCCAAGACAUUCAUCAGCUUUCCUCAACAAUUUCAUGAAUGCUGCACAAGCAGGAGAUUUAGCAACAGUUGGUUUGAUGAUGCCAAUCAUUACAGGUGUUGUCAGACAAAACGCAAGGGCUGAACAUAUUGGAGGCUUCGUCGAUGUCAUUAUUUUCGUUGUUACAACAACAGGAAACAACAAUUUCUUGAGAUUGAUCACGAAACAUCUUCCUGGAUUCGUUGAAACAGUCAACAAAUCAUCGGAUUCAUCAACAAUUACAAGCACAUUAAGCUGGGUAAUACAGGAACAUGGCGGAGAAGCAGCUGUUAUUGAAGGUGUAUUAAGUACAUUACAAAUGGCUGAUUCUUUGCAUUCUCCUUAUUACACGUCCAGUUUAACAUUCUUGUAUGAAGUUGCAAGAUUAUUGAGUAUCUCUGAUACUAAGUAUUCUUUGACAUCAAGUGUUUUGUUGUUGUUUGAUUCAAUAAGAAGAAUUGAAACAAACGGUUUGACACUGAUGAUUUCACAAGAUUUACUUGGCCUUGAUCCACCGAAGAAUUACGAGGAACUCACUGAAUUGCUCAAGAAGAACUGGAGCCAGUCACAAAUUACUUACGUCUGCUCAUAUUUGUUGGCUUGGGCAGGAGCAAGUGCUAUUCCUGUCAUUCCUGCAAAUGCAUUCACUUUCUUGAGAAUUAUGACUCAGAACUGGACAGAUGCUAAGUACAUGCAGUCAAUUUCAACAUUGGGAACUGUUAUUUCUCAUAUGAUGGUUGGCGCUACUGAUGAGAAAAUCAAAUUGAUGCUGCCUGACAACACAAAGAUUUUGACUUCUCUUGUCAUGAAUGACAAAGAUUUGCCUGAUGUCGUCACUUUGGUGUCGCCUUUGGUUGAGAGAACGAAAGGAAAGAAAUCUGCUGAUCCGGCAGGACUUCCUCAGAUUUUACCAAAGCGCGAACAUGAAGCUACUUUAGUUGAAGUUUGUGAAUUCAUUAAGAGUAAUAUUCUUGAAUAA